AUGCGAAACAGGAACAGAGCUUCAAAAAAUUCUGUUGCUCAGGAACAAGAGUACUUUGAAGGGGAACGUCUUGCUCGUUUGCUCAAAUCAAUUCGCAGGGAGAUAGAGUCAACGAAAACUUUGGAAGGAAACUCGCUUCCUGAGAAAUUUUGGUUUAAGCAACAAUUUGCUAUUGGGGUCAAUGAAGUCACUCGUUUGCUUGAACGUAUGUUGCCCGGGUCCGAGAACGGAAGCUCCCCUCAACAGUCUCGUGUUAUGUGCAACAAUCACAAAGUGCCUUCUGUUCAGCUUCAGGCCAUACUAAUAGCUUCUGAUUGCAACCCAAAAUGGCUAACAAAACAUCUACCAAGUUUGGCUUCGUCAAGGAAGGUGCCGCUGAUCUUUGUCAAAGAUAAACGAGGAGGAUCCUUGAGAUUAGGUGAACUUGUUAAGCUAAAAACUGCUAUUGCCAUUGGAGUGAAAGCUAGAGGGAAUGCUAUAAAUGAGAUCGUGGAGGAGAUUCUUUGCGGAAAUGAAAUAAACCUUAAAACAGAUUGCCCAAUUUGA